AAUGUUAUUUUAAUAUGGGAAUUUUUUUUAGAUCAUCCAAUUUUUUCUGUAAAUAUACAUCCAGAUGGGUCGCGGUUUGCUGAAGAUAGACAAGGUAUGGACACUGGUUGAAUUGUUAUAUGGAACAUGUCUCUUGUGGUUGAAGAAGCAGAUGAAAAAGAUGAAAACGUUCCAAAGGUUUUGUGUCAAAUGGAUAAUCAUUUUGCUUGUGUAAAUUGUUCCCGGUGGUCUGGUAGUGGAAAAUAUUUAGCUUCUUGUGGCGAUGACAAGGUUCUAAUGAUAUGCGAAAUUGGAAGGUAA